AUGGAUUGCUGUCAAAGGUGUUAUUCAUACUGGCAUGGAUUCGAUUCUUCUUUUUUGAAGUGGUAGGAAUGUCUGGGUACUGGUAUUGAUUUGGUACUAUAAAAUUAACGGUCCUAUGUGGAAAAAUCAUGUGCAUCACAACGACCUGCUGAUCUGCCAUGCCACGUCAAGGGGUCAGGCGGAAGCAGAGGGAACGUGCAGCUGCAAAGAAGGUGCUUCAGAAGAAUGCCAAGCCUCAGUCCACUGCAAAUGACAUAUCAAAGCGUCGUGGCGGCGCGUCUACAAAAUGUCAACCAGCCGACAUGGAGGCUGCCUUGUCGUCAAGCAGCCGGCCAAACGAGAAGCUCUUUGAGUUGGCAAAUCGCCCAUCAGUUUGUGUCAAUGUUGGUGGUAUGCCUUUGAAGGUGCUUCAGGAUCUAAAGACGCAGGAGCACAGUGGGGGAGUAGCUGGGACCCGGGCCUUUUGAACCAGCUCACUGCAAAGCGCAAGAGUCCAUGAGGUCUGGGAAACAUCAUUGUUUUUGCUGCGCUACCUACAACACCAGGUACUGCCAGGUCUUCGGAGCGAGCGAAAGCGAGAACGUCUGCGAGUGGUGGAGCUUGGUUCUGGCUGUGGCUUGCUGGGUCUCGGUCUUGGUUGCCUUGGUUGUAAGGUUGUUCUCACAGAUCAACCUUGUGCGCUGGAGAACUUACACACGAACGCUGAGGCUCAAACUUCGGAGGGCAACCUGGUGGCUCCUGAGGUCUUGCCACUCUCCUGGGGAGACAGUGACGAUAUAGCUGCUGUGUGCAGCAAAGGCCCUUUCGACUUGGUGGUUGGCUCGGACGUAGUCUUUGCAACACGACUUGUUGAGCCACUGCUGCAAACAAUCCUAGCACUGAUGGAGGAUUCUGGAAGCUGCUGGCUUUGCCUGCAGAGGCGCGAUCCAGAUGCUCAUGACUUACUUCUUUCGAAGGCUCCUGAGACUUUUAAAGUGGAGGAGUUCUCGUUUGAAGGCUUGAAGGGCUUGGAGACAGCCUGCGAAUUGGAGUGCUUGCUCCUGCGCCUUUCUCGCCACCAGGCCUCAGAAAAUGCUGAAAACACAUCUUCUUCUCAGAAGAAGCACAGAACCAGAUCGAAAGGUGUCAG